AGAGCUUCUGGCAUCUCCCCUGGCAUCCUCCCUGGCACCCUCGGGCCCUGCCUGCAGCCGGCUACCUGCCACCACUGCCCGCAGCAUGUCCUUACAAGGGCACGGGCACGGCUCCCACUGCUCCCGCCUCAGCCGCGCUCCUCCCCGGCUCCCGGACCCGCCGGCACCCUGCUGUGCCACGGCCACCGAGCCACGGCCACCGCAGCCAGCCUUGACGCGGUCACCCCGCCACCUGGAUCCUGGCAUGAGUCGCACCGGGGACACCCAUGCCAACCAAGAGCUGGCAAGGGACAGAGGCUGCUCCCAGCACAGUCUGAGCUGGGGAUGAGGCAUCUCUGCCAGGACAUGAACCGUCUGUCCGGGCAGAUUUUGGAGGUCAUGGUGGUGAAUUUUGCUCCAAACACAUCUGGAUGGAGCUGAAGGGCGAGGGAAGAGCCAGAAGGGUUUGUCCCCACUGCAGCAGAGCGGCAGGCAAAUGACACAGUGGUGUCUGCGGGGUCCCUGGAUAGGAGACAGCAUCUCCGCAGCCUGACCGUCCCUGUCGUGCCACCAGGUCUCCCGCCACCGCAGCCAUGGCAAACAAAGGGCCAGCCUAUGGCAUGAGCAGGGACGUGCAGUCCAAGAUCGAGAAGAAGUACGAUGACGAGCUGGAGGACCGGCUGGUGGAGUGGAUCGUGGCGCAGUGCGGGGCUGCCGUGGGGCGCCCGGAGCGCGGCCGCCUGGGCUUCCAGGUCUGGCUGAAGAACGGCAUCGUGCUCAGCAGGCUGGUGAACAGCCUCUACCCCGACGGCUCCAAGCCCGUCAAGAUCCCCGACGCGCCGCCCACCAUGGUCUUCAAGCAGAUGGAACAGAUCGCCCAGUUCCUGAAGGCGGCCGAGGACUACGGCGUGGUCAAGACAGACAUUUUCCAGACCGUGGACCUGUUUGAAGCCAAGGACAUGGCAGCGGUGCAGAGGACGCUGAUGGCCCUGGGGAGCCUGGCAGUCACCAAGAACGACGGAACUACCACGGGGACCCCAACUGGUUCAUGAAGAAAGCUCAGGAGCACAAGCGGGAGUUCACCGAGAGCCAGCUGAAGGAGGGCAAGAACAUCAUCGGGC